AUGGAGAGCACCACUGGUCCAAGGUGUUCUGUUUUAUACUGCUUCACUGUGUUAUAUUGUAUUAUAUACUAUAAUAUUGUUCUAUGUUAUUUAGGUCCCGACGGUGAGCAUCAUUGGUCCAAGCACUACCCGUUCUGUGGCGGAACAUUCCAGUCACCCAUAGACAUCCAGACCCAGCUGAUGAGGUUUGACCCCACGCUACGGCCAAUCGAGCUCCAGAACUACAACCUCUCAGCCAAUGAGCAGCUGACCCUCGGGAACAAUGGACACUCGAUUCAGCUGUCCCUGCCCAGGAGGAUGUAUGUCUCCAGCCAGACUCAUCGAUACACUGCUGCUCAGCUUCACUUCCACUGGGGCUCAGAACACCUGCCCGUCGGCUCAGAACACACCAUCAAUGGCAGACGGUUCGCUGCCGAGAUGCAUAUGGUGCUCUUCAACUCAGACAAGUACCCCAACAUCUCUGUGGCAGCAGACAAGUCAGACGGCCUGGCUGUCCUGGGAGUUCUGAUAGAGGUCGGGGAAUUCAACCCAGCGUUCAAUCAGUUCCUCAAGUACAUCAAUGGUAUUAAAUACAGAGAUCAGAGGGUGCAGGUCCCAGCCUUCAACAUCCGCAGUCUGCUGCCUGCACUCCUGGAUGAGUACUAUCGUUACGAUGGCUCGCUGACCACUCCCCCCUGCUAUCCCAGCGUACUUUGGACUGUGUUCAAAAACCCUGUCACCAUCUCACUCAAACAGUUUCUGGCCCUAGCAACGGCCAUCUACUCCUCCCACCAACAGGAGUUGGCGGUGGCCAUGAACAGCAACUACAGGAAACCACAGGACACUGACAACAGAGUUGUGCUCUGCUCUUUCCAGGGGGUGAGUAUGGGUGCUACUCAGACGGUCACCUCUCCGUUCCUGAGGAGGCAGGUCAUCAACCAGCUGUUAGAUGGAGACCUGGCAGACCUGGCAGACCAGGAUGGGCUCAACCAGCUGUUACAUGGAGACCUGGCAGACCAGGAUGGGCUCAACCAGCUGUUACAUGGAGACCUGGCAGACCAGGAUGAGCUCAACAAGCUGCUGCCCAAGAAGCCCAGAGCGCCGGGAAAGAAGUGGAAUGACCUCAAAAACCAUCAGAAAAGCUGGACCCAGAGCCAUAUUGGGUCCAAGCACCACCAGAACAGCUGGUCUCAGACCCAGAACAGCCUCAAGCAGCAGUGGCUGAAGUCCAAUAAGGUGCCAUCUGUGGGUGUAGGAGCUGCCAGACUAGUCCCCUCUUCCUGGAAGAACCAGCAGAACAGGCAACCUGUGUGGAAGUCAGGUCCGAACGAGGACAUGCUGUGUUACGUCUCCUUGGAGCAGAAUGUGUCUCGCCGGCUGAGCAGAGGGAGAUCCCCUCCCCAUACAGACACCCAGCUGGUCCAGGCUCUCAGAGAAACUCUGUUCCCAGAGCUCAACCUGCGCAGCUACCUGGGCUGUAAAUCUGACCUGGCUCUGCUCACCGUCAGACAGCUUCUCCGUGGGAGAUCAGCCACAGAUGAGGCCCUGGAGCUGGACCAGGCCAUUGUCAAGGCCUUAGGGGGGAGGAGGACAGGGCAGACCAUAGUGGGACAGAGAGGGUCAACAAAGAAGCAACAGACAAACACCUUCUCCAUGCACCAAACAGGCUUCGCUCCUGCCCCUGCUGCCGUGCCUAGGAAACCCAAUCAGCCGAUCCCAUGGCUCCAGCCUAUGGAGUGGGAGGACUAGAGUCCAACCAGGCAAGAAGUGUAACCUUUAAACCACCAUCAGCCUCGCCCUCAGCUCAAUCUACAGUCGCGAGUGAAAAUUUACACAACUUUUGUGCUGUCUUCACAUAUUUGCUGCCUUAAAAUUAUAUCUUAAAAACGGAUUAAAGUGAUUUUUUUUUCCCCUCCCCCUGUUCGAUCUACACAACCUACUCCACAUUUUCAAAGUGAAAUAAAAAUGAUUUUAAAAAGAAAUGUUCAGAAAUAACUAAGAAAUACAAAAUGAGGAUGUAUUGAUUGUGUAUUUCUUCACGCCCAAUACUUGGUGGAAACACAUUUGGCAGAAAUCACAGCGGUGAAUAAUUUUGAAUAUGAUUCUACCAACCUUGCACAAACUGUUUGGGCAGAAUAUAUCCAUUUAUAUCCAUUGUUUUUGGUCAAACCUUCAGAAAAUAUUCACACCAUUUAGUUUUUCCACAUUUUGUUGUUGUGUUACAGCCUGAAUUUUGUUUUAAUGAUCUACACACAAUACCACAUAAUGUCAAAGUGGAAUUUAGUUUGUAAUUAUAAUUUUUGUAUCCCCCCCCAAAAAAAGCUGCAAUG